AUGGCCCCCGCCUCUGCCCACCCCAUCAUUGUGCCCCGCCGACCUGGCAAGGAGUACCCACCCGUGACUGCCGGCGCGCACAAGAAGGCCUUUGGAGACAACCGUGUCUCGUUACUGAAUGUUCUGAAGAAAGUUAAACCACAUAGUCCUACCACGCAAGCUCUCGAGGAGAAAGCUGAACGAGAGGGGCCAGCAGAUGUGGAUGGUACCCUUUUGCAAGAUACAGGGAAGCGAGAGGGAACUGACGAACAGCAGNAUGACACACCAAUGCAGAAAUUCACAGAGGAAGAUUGGGUACGCAUACAAGAUGAAGCUAUACCCCUUGCGUCCAAAGCUCCCGAGAGAAAAAGGAAAGCAGAAGUGAAGCAAUGGGAUCAACGCGCCGCUCGUCGCAGAGGAAAGCAACCUGUUGGAGCACCUGCAACACGUCGCUCAGGUAGACGCACUGAAGAGGUCUCGUACGCGGAAUCUGAUUCUGGAAGCGAGUAUGAUGAACCCACUUCUUCGAGCUCGUCUAUUUCCUCGAAGCUGUUUGUGAGUCCUGACAGCGAGGAAAUCUCGCCGCGACCUCGUGGGGUCAAGAGGAAGCGAGUUGUUGAGGAUAAGGCAACAGCAGCUGCAGCGAGAAGGCCAAGUCGCUCGAUCACUCCCGCGCCUGCCAUCAAGAAACACAGCACCAGGCGCACUACACUUGCUGAUAGCAACGAUGAGAUGAGUGGCCUGUCCAGUCGGUCUCGCUUUAUUACCUCGGCACCUCCGAUCAAGAAACACAGCACAAGGCGCACUACACUUGCAGACAGCGAUGACGAGAUGAGUGAAGCAAGUCGUAGCCGAUCCGUUACUCCAGUGCCUCCGAUCAAGAAGCGCAAGGUUGCAGGCAGGCUCAGUACUGUACUUGAGGAUAGCGAUGAUGAGAUGGCUGAGCCGUCUCCUAGUCGUUCUCGCUCUGUUACGCCGGCUCCACCUAUUAAGAAGCGUGUAGGCAAGCAGAGUACUGUACUCGAGGACAGCGAUGACGAGAUGGAGUAA